UCAGUGCCACUGAGCUGUACACUGUGGGCGCUAUGGUCACGCGCCACGGCACUCGUGACUGUGUGUGUGUGUUUCCGUAUGACAACGCCGAUCUCAUCCGCACCACCGACACCGAUGCAACACACGAAAGUAAACGCACACCACAUACACACAGCCAGACGGACACACACGCACACACACACACCGCUGAAAGGGAUAAGCAGGCAGCCACCACUGCCGCAACAGGUAAUGGGGGACAGGGGAGGCAUUCGCCAGGAGACGUUCCAAAUUUGGUGCAGAGCGGGAACGGGAUUGGCACGGGCAACGAAUUCGUGAUAUCGGACAGUUCGGAAGUUGGGGGUGUAGCGUGGAAUCCCAAUGGCGACGGCACCUUGUGUGUGUGGGACGGGCCGUUUGGCUCCAUGGUGCGGCUGUACUCACUCGAGGGCAAGAAGCUGGGCGAGUGCAAUCUAAAAAUAGACUAUUUCGCGGGGUUCAGGAACUCGAGGUUAGAGCGCAGCGACGGGAGUACUGAGCCAACGGACCCACACACAGAACACGGUGCACGGCCCAGUAAGGAGAAGCGGACUAUCCAGGCCAGUGGCAAUGGCCAAUUAACCAGGAGUGAGUCUGACGUGUCACUGUGUAUCAAGUGUGUCGCGUGGGCUCCGGAUGGAUCGGCGGUGGCUGUGGGAACGUAUGCAGAUACAGUCGUCGUCAUCAACACUCUCGUGUGGAAACCGUUGUGGAUGGCUAGGGCUAGAGAGAGAGUGGAUGGGAACAAAGUGGCGAUAUUUCUUGAAGAAUCCGACAGAAAUGGACCGACGGCUAGGCGGUUUUACCGCAUCUGCACAGAUGAAACAACCCUGCCAGUGAUCAAACAAGACAGGCACGCACCCUCCAUUGGGACAGGCAUGGUCCAAUUCAGUGCCGGUGCGGUGCACAUGGCCUCGCGCUGCGACACACAGCCCAAUGUGCUGUACAUUUGGAAUCUGCAGCGCUUUGAAUUGCAGUCGGUGCUCAUACAGAUGGAGCCCAUCCUGCAUUUCAGUUGGCGGCCACACCGACACAGUGCAGAGAUAGCCGUCAGCACAGGCAAUGGCCACGUGUACAUGUGGUCUCCCAGGGGCACAGCCGUCAUGACGCUGGAUAUCGAUGCAGAUGCACGUGGCUUCGCUUGUCGGGCGUUCAACUGGGGCAAAGCAAUCCACAGCUCACCCGGUGCAGGCCGAGGAGAAGCACAACAAAGAGAUACGAAUACACGCAACACAGCAGACGGCAACAAAGCAUUGGCCGUGGACGUAGACAGGUUUAUUGUGUGUCAUCUGCCGCCACCCGACCCAACUGUGGCAGAGGCGAAGGACGACGCACACGACGAGCACGAGCACAACGACGACGACAUGAGCGAUGGCAGUGAGUGUGUCGAGUACUGAGCCUAGACGUAGUGCACAGAACACACAACAGGGCACAUAAAAUAGUAGGUUAGGC